GUCAAAAGAUUAAUCGCAGACUGACAAGAUAUUCCAAUCGCUCAUCAAGGGAUAUUGCGGCAAGACUAGUCUACAAAAUGCGAUUUUUGCUGGCUUUAUGUUUCCUCGCCGCCAUGGCGUACCGGUCCGAGGGUACUACCACGUGCUGUCCAGAUCGAUUCUUGAAGGUGGAUGACUGGUGCUACUACUACAACUCUGAGAAGAAGACCUGGUUCGACGCAGACGUUGCCUGUAGGGUACUCAACGCGCAUCUGGUCAGUAUCCACAGCAUGGCUGAGAGUCAGGAGAUCUAUAAUGUGUGGACAAGCUUUGAGGAUUCUAGUUAUGCUGAUGACAGAGAUAGGGGAUAUUGGAUCGGGUUCCAUGACACAGUUCAGGAACAAAGUUGGGAAUGGACCGAUGGAACUGAUUCCGCGUUCAAAUAUUGGCAACACAAUGAACCUAACGACGAUAGAGGGGAGGACUGCGCUGCUAUUCGUAACGAAGGCAAUAACGAAGUCGACCGCCAGGAAUGGAACGACUACGACUGCGGCACAAGGAAAUCUUUUAUGUGUAAAACACCUGCAGUUUAAACAGGGCGGAUCCAUGAUUUCCUAAGGGGGGGGGGGGGCUUUUUUGGUCUCGAAAAAUGUUGAAACAAUG